AUGGGGUCCCUGUUUCGUAGUGAGGAGAUGUCCCUCUGCCAGCUGUUUCUGCAGAGUGAGGCCGCUUACGCUUGUGUGUCGGAAUUGGGAGAGCUAGGAUUGGUUCAGUUCCGUGAUCUCAAUCCUGACGUCAAUGCGUUCCAGCGUAAGUUUGUCAACGAGGUUCGUCGGUGUGAUGAGAUGGAGCGUAAAUUGCGCUACCUGGAGAAGGAAAUAAAAAAAGAUGGCAUUCCUAUGUUGGACACCGGCGAGAGCCCCGAAGCGCCUCAGCCACGCGAAAUGAUUGAUUUGGAGGCAACGUUCGAAAAGCUGGAGAAUGAGUUGCGUGAGGUGAAUCAAAACGCUGAGGCACUGAAGCGUAACUAUCUUGAGCUGACGGAGCUGAAGCACAUCCUACGUAAGACUCAGGUCUUUUUUGACGAGGCCGUAUAUACUGGAAAUGUACCUAAUAAGACAAGAAACCGCUAUCAACAGAUGGCGGAUUCGCACAGGGAAGAGGAGCAGGUUAAUCUUCUUGGUGAGGAGGGCAUACGAGCAGGUGGUGCCGGGGCACAGGGACAAAAUCUAAAACUAGGCUUUGUUGCCGGAGUGAUCUUGCGCGAACGUUUGCCAGCGUUUGAACGUAUGCUUUGGCGUGCCUGCCGUGGUAAUGUGUUCCUGCGCCAAGCAAUGAUCGAAGACCCUUUGGAGGAUCCAUCGACUGGAGACAAGGUGUACAAAUCGGUGUUUAUCAUCUUCUUCCAAGGCGAUCAGCUGAAGACACGCGUGAAGAAGAUCUGCGAAGGUUUUCGCGCGACGCUCUAUCCCUGCCCAGAGGCCCCGACUGACCGCCGCGAGAUGGCGAUGGGUGUGAUGACACGCAUCGAGGAUUUGCACACCGUGUUGGGACAAACGCAGGACCAUCGGCAUCGAGUGUUGGUGGCUGCGGCCAAGAACCUGAAGAACUGGUUCGUGAAGGUGCGCAAGAUCAAAGCCAUCUACCAUACGUUGAACUUGUUUAAUUUGGACGUGACGCAGAAGUGUUUGAUCGCAGAAUGCUGGGUCCCACUGUUGGACUUUGAAACGAUCCAGAUCGCACUGCGGCGAGGCACCGAGCGGUCCGGUUCUUCCGUACCGCCGAUCUUGAAUCGAAUGGAAACGUUUGAGGAUCCACCGACGUACAACCGGACGAAUAAGUUUACGCACGCUUUUCAGGCACUAAUCAAUGCGUACGGUGUCGCGAGCUAUCGCGAAAUGAACCCAGCACCGUACACCAUCAUUACCUUUCCGUUCUUGUUCGCGGUAAUGUUCGGCGAUCUUGGCCACGGAACGAUAAUGGCUCUCUUCGGUUUGUGGAUGGUACUGAAGGAGAAACCACUGGCGGCAAAGAAAUCUGACAACGAAAUUUGGAACAUUUUCUUCGGUGGUCGGUACAUCAUCUUCUUAAUGGGCGUCUUUUCGAUGUACACCGGCUUCGUGUACAAUGAUAUUUUCUCGAAGUCUUUGAACGUGUUCGGGUCAGCUUGGUCCAUCAACUACAACACCUCGACCGUGAUGAGUAACAAAGCACUGCAACUUGAUCCGGCCGGUGCGGAUUACGCCCAAACGCCGUACCCUGUUGGGCUUGAUCCGGUCUGGCAGGUGGCUCCGUUGAAUAAGAUCAUUUUCCAGAACGCGUACAAGAUGAAGAUAUCGAUUAUUUUCGGUGUCAUUCACAUGCUGUUCGGUGUGUUCGUUGGCCUUUUCAAUCAUCGCUACUUCAAGAACAAGAUGGCUAUCUACUGCGAGUUUAUCCCGCAGGUCAUAUUCCUAGUGUUCUUGUUUUUCUACAUGACGCUGUUAAUGUUCAUCAAAUGGGUUAAAUACUCUGCCAGCUCUAAAAUUGUAGCCUAUUCUGCCGGUUGUGCUCCGUCGAUCUUGAUCACAUUUAUCAACAUGGUGCUGUUCAAAGCGCCUGAUGAAAAUAAUGGAGAUUGCUCACCGUUCAUGUUCGCGGGCCAGCAAGGUUUGCAAAAGUUCCUUGUCGUCGUGGCGCUACUUUGUGUACCAUGGAUGCUGCUCGCAAAGCCAAUUCUGAUCAUGCGCGGCCGUAAGGAAGCUGCGCAUCAACCAAUUGUACCGUACAGCAAUGAGAACGGUGAUGCCGAUGGGUUAAAUCAACACAAUAACGCAACAGGGACUCAGGGCGCACAACAGCCACCAGCACAGCAGCAGGGUGGUGCAGGCCAUGGACACGACAAUGAGGAAAUGUCUGAAAUUUUUAUCCAUCAAGGUAUCCACACUAUUGAGUAUGUACUUGGAUCUGUGUCACAUACUGCCUCGUACCUUCGUCUGUGGGCAUUGUCGUUGGCUCAUGCACAGCUUGCGGAAGUGUUGUGGAACAUGGUGCUGCAAAAUGGUCUGAAGCAGGAUGGUUGGAUCGGUGGAAUAGCUUUGUGGGCAGUAUUUGCCUUCUGGGCUGUGUUGACCGUGGGAAUAUUGGUGCUUAUGGAAGGUCUUUCUGCAUUCUUGCAUACACUUCGUCUUCACUGGGUGGAGUUCCAGAGUAAAUUCUACGCUGGUCUUGGUUACGCGUUCCAACCGUUCUCGUUCGAGGUUAUCCUAGAAUCAAGCUCCAGCUCAUCUGAAGACUAA